GAAUUUCCCGCGGCGAAUAACCCAUUUCAAAUUAUACAAAUCCCUAAUUCAAAUCACAAAAAUCACGACAACAACCAUCAGAAAAAGCCCAUCAAACACAAAUCAAGAGGAAGAACAGGGUUGAAGAUUGAACGUCGGAGGGUCACAAACACUCAGAAACGAAGAACAUUAUGCUUCAAUCACCCAAAAAAAUUGACGAAUUUGAUUCAUUUUCUGAUCCUUACAUCUUAUGCCAACACCCCAAUUUUGAUUCUGUUGAAGAACCUUCGAUUACCCUUGAUGAAAAUGGAUUCCCGAAUUCUCCAUUCAACAACAAUGAAGAAGACAAAGAAGAAGAGGGCCAUAGAAUUGAAAAUUCCAAUGAAAAUCUAAGUGGGUGUUCGAGAGAUGAGAGUUUUUCUGCUGAAUUUUAUCGAUGUGGGAGUGAUUGGUCUAGCUUAAAAUUGAAGGAGGAAUUUUCACCUUUGAGUUCCAAGAAGCUGAAGCAAAAAAAUCUAUUCCAAAUGUGGGGAAUUCAGCGGAAAAUCCAUCAGGAAGACGAUAAUGAGACGAAGAUUAGUAUCGAGGAGAAUAAGAAUCACAUUACUGAUUCAAAAUUAAGGGAACCUAACCCUUAUUUUGGGCACAAUCCAUCUCUAGAGAUCGAUUUGAGGAAAACCCAGAAAAGAAAAUUGAUGACAGUAGAAGGAAAACCUCGUCCCUGCCCUUUCUAUAAGAAGAUUCCAGAGACUUCCUUUACCGUGGAUGCAUUUCGGUAUGGUGCUAUCAAAGGCUGUUCUGCUUAUUUUCUUAGCCACUUUCAUGCUGAUCAUUAUGGUGGCUUAACCAAGGCAUGGUCAUACGGCCCAAUCUAUUGCACCUCUAUCACUGCUCGACUGGUUAGAAUGUGCCUCUAUGUUAAUCCAUCAUAUAUUUGUCCGUUGGAGUUGGAUGUUGAACAUCUAAUUGACGGUGUCAAAGUGACAUUGUUGGAAGCCAAUCAUUGCCCAGGUGCUGCCCUAAUUCACUUCCAUCUUCCAAAUGGACAACGUCAUUUACACACCGGAGAUUUCAGAGCUUGUAAAAGCAUGCAAACUUAUCCGCUUCUUGUAAAUAAAAAAAUCAAUUUGCUUUACCUUGAUACAACUUAUUGCAACCCAAAAUACAGGUUUCCUUCGAAAGAAGAGGUGAUGAGCUUUAUAGUAAGAACCACUAAGUCCUGUCUCAAGAAGCAACCAAGGACGCUCAUUAUAGUUGGGGCAUAUAGCAUCGGAAAAGAGUGUGUAUAUAUUGCCAUAUCAGAGGCACUGAAGGUCAAGAUAUAUGCUAAUGCAUCAAGGAGAAGAAUUUUGCGAUCUUUUAAGUGGCCUCAGCUAUCCGAAAGUCUGUGUUCUGAUGGGAAGGAUACCCCUCUUCAUGUCAUGCCUAUUUCUUCAUUAAAGCAUGAGACCUUAAAGAACUACUUGAAGACGUACCAGAAUCAGUUCAAUGCAGUUUUGGCAUUUCGGCCAACAGGUUGGACAUUCUCGGAAUCUGUUGGUAAUCAGUUGGAUCGUAUCAAACCCAAUAGUAAGGGAAACAUACAAAUUUACGGAGUACCUUAUAGUGAACACUCAAGUUUUACUGAACUGCAGGAAUUUGUUCAGUUUCUGAGACCCAACAAGAUAAUUCCAACAGUGAACAUUUCAAAUGCUGCCAACCGCGAAAAGCAGCAAUCAUACUUUAAGCAGUGGUUGAAUGGCUGAGUUCAAAAAAGAACAGGUUUUGUUGAAAUGCAGAGCAACCUCUUCCUGCAGUUUAAUGACAGGUUAGGCCAUAAAGGUGCUAAUAUAUAAGUGUAAACAAAAUUUCCGGGUUUAUGCUAAUAUUGCCCGGUAUAGAACCGGGUAAUAUUGCCUAAUAUUUUCCGUUCAAGUAUACGCAAAUUGAUUCAGCCUUGAGAUAUUUCUCCGCCUUCGAAUCAGAAACCUAUUAUAUGAUCAUGUUGAGUACUACUUCUCCAGGAGAUCUUGGUUAUGAUCAUGAGGAAUGUCAUAAAUUAAUUUUUAUGUACAAAAUAUGGACUUUGGGGCAAGGAAAUGAUAUUUGUUGUAUUGAAAUUUUGUAAUAAGCCUAUGUCAUCUUUUUAGUCUAGAAAACUAUGCAGCAUUUAAAUCUUAAUAUGAUUAUUUUCUAUUUUUAGAUUUAAUCUUUAGCCAGGUUCAAUACAUUUUACUUGUGUUGAUUUUUCAUAUUUUUAGCCAUUUAGGCCUUAUGCUACUGUAUUAUUCUUUUAAGA